AUGGAUGAUGCUAAAUUAAAGGAUGCGAGGCUUAAUGUUAAGGUUAUUGGUCAUCAAUGGUUUUGGACUUAUGAUUAUAGUGGGUUGGGAGAUUGGAUGAAAUUUGAUUCUUAUAUGGUGAGAGGGAAUUCUUUGAAUUUGGGGGAUUUGCGUUUGUUAGAGGUAGAUAAUCGUUUAGUUUUACCUGUGGGUGUUUAUAAUUGUGUUAAUAUUACUUCUACUGAUGUUAUUCAUUCUUGGUUUUUACCUAGAUAUGGUUUUAAGUUGGAUGCUUUACCUGGUAUUAAUAAUAGGCAUUUGUUGUGGUUUGAUAAUGUUGGUGUUUAUUAUGGUAUGUGUUCAGAGAUUUGCGGGGCUGGUCAUAGAUAUAUACCUGUUGUGGUUGAAGUUGUCCCUGUUGGUGUUUUUUGUGAUUGGGUUGAGGAACUUCGUCAUGAGCAUGAUAUUAUUACUCGUUUGGGGGAUUGA